AUGGUGGUUGCUCUAAACAACAGCAACGAUAACAGUACUGACGAGAGAACUCCAUUAGAUGUACAAAACAAUGAAGUAGAGGAUAUAGAGAGGAUCCCUGAGGACCAUUUCAAGAGCGAAUCUAGACAACUAAUAGAUAGGUUAAUAAAGUUAGGAGUGGUUGUCCUUUUACUUCUAUGGGGUUCAUUGCUCCUUAUAAAAACUAUAAAGAGUAAUGACAAGGAAUCUAGAGAUUUUCCACAAUAUGUAUUCCCAAAUCCAAAUGUGACGGUGGAUGGGAAGCUUAAGGUAGCUUUUUCAAAUGUUAGGAAUGGCACAUUUAAACCAGAGAUGCAUAAUAUCCAAUGGUUAGAACACACAACUGGUGCAAAAGAGGAUAAAGGAUUAUAUGUAACUUGGAAGGAUGAUUCAUAUGUAAUCAAAUCUGUCUCAGACAAGCAUUACGAAAACGUACUUUUAAAAGGUAAGACAUUUAUCGAAGAUGGUCAUAAUAUGACCAUUGACAAUAUUGUGGCAUCACCGGAUCUGAAGAAAUUAUUGAUAAAAACAAAUACUGUUAAGAAUUGGAGACAUUCUACAAUGGCAUCAUAUUUUGUCUAUGAUAAGUCAAGUCUCACUUUCAGUCACAUUGGUGAUCAUAUCACAUUAGCAGAAUGGUCCCCUAACGCCAUGGAUAUUGCAUACAUCCAAGAUAAUGAUAUAUUUCUAUAUUCAACGGGAAAGAAACAAACUACAGAACAGGUGACUAGUGAUGGAAGUUCUCAAAUCUUUAAUGGGAGACCCGAUUGGGUUUACGAAGAAGAAGUAUUUGAAUCGGAUAAGGCAUUAUGGUGGUCUCCAGAUGGUAGUUAUAUUGCGUUCUUAAAGACUGAUGAAACAGAUGUCAAUGAAUUCACAAUUCCUUAUUAUGUUCAAGAAGAAAGUAGCAUAUAUCCAGAAAUGCGUAGCAUCAAAUACCCAAAGAGUGGUCAAUCGAACCCACUGGUGGAUUUGUAUGUCUAUAGUAUCAAUGAUAAAACUAGCUUCCCUGGUCAUACUAGUAAGUAUUUCCAAGACUCCGAUAAUCUGAUUACAGAAGUUAUUUGGGUAGGUAAAGAUAGUGUCAUUGCUAAAGUCAGUGAUAGAUCCCAAGACCUAUUAAAGGUCCUUGAAAUUGAUGCUAACAAGAGGACCACGGAAGUGACAAGAAUUGAAUCGUCUCAAGGUGGUUGGUGGGAAGUAACACAUGACACUUUUUAUAUUCCAAGAAAUCAGAAGUACGAUAGAGCUGAAAACGGUUAUAUAGAUAUUUUACCUAUCAAUGGCUUCAAUCAUUUAGUUUAUUUUUCACCAAUCAAUUCUACUAAAUCAUUGAUAUUGACUAAAGGAAACUGGGAAGUUGUAAAUGGAGUAGCCGCCUUUGAUUACGACACAAAUCGUGUCUACUUCAUUAGUACAAAGAAAUCUUCUACAGAAAGACAUUUAUAUUAUGUCAAAUUAGAUCGUCCCGGUGUUGUUCAUAAAGUGACAGACACAUCUGAAGAUGGUGUUUUUAGUGCUACAUUUUCUUCAAGUGCUAGAUUCAUGUUGUUAACAUGCAGUGGUCCUAAGGUUCCAUAUCAAAAGAUUGUUGAUUUAGGGAGUUCACAGAAGGAUAAACACAUCGAGGGGAAUGUCCUGGGAGAAACCCUGUACUACUUGAAAAAAAAUGAAAAAUUGAUUGAAAGUACAGAACUAUACAAAAUACCUUCUAAAAAAUUCAAUGAAUUAAACUUAGGAAAAGACGCAAAUGGAGAUGAUAUUAUUGUCAACUCGUUUGAAAUUUUACCUAACGAUUUUGAUAGAAAUUUAAAGAAUCAUUACCCAGUAUUCUUUUACGCAUAUGGUGGACCAAAUUCACAACAAGUUAUCAAGACAUUUGGUGUGGGAUUCAACGAAAUUAUCGCAUCCCAAUUAGGUGCAAUAGUUGUUGUUGUCGACGGUCGUGGAACUGGAUUUAAAGGUAGAGAAUUUAGAUCUUUAGUACGUGAUAACCUAGGUGACUAUGAAGCGCAAGAUCAAAUCGCAGCAGCUGCAUACUAUGGAAGUAAAUCCUAUGUUGACUCUGAAAAAAUUUCUUUGUUCGGUUGGUCCUAUGGUGGUUAUCUAACUUUGAAAACAUUGGAACGUGACGGUGGGAAACAUUUCAAAUAUGGGAUGUCCGUCGCACCGGUCACUGAUUGGAGAUUGUAUGAUUCAGUCUAUACUGAACGUUACAUGCACACUCCUCAAGAAAAUGAAGAAGGUUACGACCGUUCUAAAGUAGAUAAUGUCACAUCGAUUGGACAAGCACAAAGGUUCUUGUUAAUGCACGGUACAGGUGAUGACAAUGUCCAUUUCCAAAAUAGUUUAAAAUUUUUGGACAAACUAAACUUGAAUAAUGUCGAGAACUAUGAUGUACACGUAUUUCCAGAUUCUGACCACAGUAUCAGUUAUCAUAAUGCUAACAAGAUAGUGUACGAUAAAUUGUUCAACUGGAUCAAGCAUGCAUAUCUCGGAGUUUACCUUUUGUAG